GGGGAACAAGAGCUACUCACCGCAACAUUGGUCUUCGACGACGGUAUGCUGAUUGAGUACCUCCUCACAUCUACGGGAGUACCCUUCGCGCUGAUCCUCCCAUUGGGGGUCGCCGACCGGGCUGCCUGGGAGCGUCGCGGGUGUUCAGGUCCCCUCGGUGCUGCUGUUCCUACGUACGGCCAAACACCUGAUGCCGAUGUGCGGGCUGGCUGCCUUGAACUGCGGUGAGGGCGCUGCGUAGCCCGAGAACGCGUCCAGACGAUCGAACCUGGAUCGAACGUCACGGGUACGGUAUGGAUCUGACAGUGCUCUGAGCUACAGUAAAAUCUCU